AAUCAAGUAACCCAAAGCUCUCCUUCGCCUUUCUUCUCCUUCAAGAGCUGAUCGAUCGCCAAUCCAGCAUGGCGGGGAACUCUCAACGCCGCCGUCCCUCUAAACGAGAUCGGAAGGCUUCCAAUUUGGGAUCUCGCCGUGAUAAGGAUAUACCGGAGAUUUCCGUUUUCCCAAUCACCACCUUUACUGUAGGAAACUGGAAGAGGGAGUCUACUCAUGAAGGCAACCUGAAUGCCGUAUUCUUCUAUACCUCGAAGAAGGUGGAGUGGGACUUUAUUGAUGGGUCAUUGAAUAGCAAGAUGCGCGUUUCUUGGUCCGAUAUCACUGCCAUCGAGGCUCUUAUGAACCCUAAUCAACCCGGAAUUCUUCGAAUCCAGUUGGCUAAACCUCCUCUCUUCUUCCAAGAAAUCCCACCUUCACCAAGGCAUCAUCCCAACUGGAAGAAGGCAAAUGAUUUCACCAAUGGCCAAGCCCUUAUUUACCCGACGCACGAAGCCACCUUCCCUCCUGGAGCGCUUGAUGAGCACUACGCGAAGCUUCUUAUUAAAGAUGAGCGUCUCGCUGAGCUCAGUCGCAAGCCCUUCCCGCCCGUUGAGUCUGUUUCAUCAGUAUCAAGCAAUGCUGUCAUAGGGAAUCAAAUCAACAACAACGAGCCAACAUUUGUCGAUUCAUCAGGACUGAACCGCGCUCUUGUUGUUCCUGAUCAACGACUUCAUCACUACAACAACAAUGAGCCAGCAUUUUUCGACGGAUCAUCAAGUGAAGCGCAGUAUUUGGAGCAAAAUUGUGCAGCUGAUGUUGAUGACGAGGCCUUGGCCGAGGCACUAGCAAGGGAGGCGGACGCAGCGUGUGAUGAUGACUUGUGGUCGAUGAUCGACGAAUAUAUGAAACAAACUGAUCAGGAAGAUCAUGGCAAUGAGCUAGUUGGAUGUGGUAAUGUGAAUGAAGCUUCUUCAUCUGAUCCUCCUGCUUCUUCCCCACCAUCAAAGCCAUGAAGAGUUGUGGUUUUUUACAAACUAAAACUGGUUCCAAGUUUGAUUCUUUGUUAAAUUCAAUCUUGUUUCAAGUUUGAAGAUCCUUUGUUGUCUG